AUGAACCAGCGAUACGUCGCCUCAACAUGCCAACGGCGUGACCUCGUGGUUAACUUUAAUGCAGUUGGUUGGUCGCGUUGGGUGAUUGCUCCGCCUGCCUACAACGCUGGCUACUGCUACGGCUACUGUCCCUUCCCCCUUUCAGCCCAUUUCAACACUACCAACCACGCGAUCAUCAUCCACCUCAUGUACAACUUGGGCGUGGCCCCACCCCAAGUCAAACCGCCCUGUUGCACCCCUGUCACCUUCAGUCCCCAGUCUAUUCUCUUCUUCGACAGCGACGAGGUCGUUCUGCAAGUCUACGAGGACAUGAUUGUCGAGACUUGUGGCUGUCGGUGA